GCCAUUUCGUUAGCAAGAUGUCUGCGUUUAGACUGUUUUGACGACAUUUUAAUUCAUUUUUAUCACUGAUCUUUGACUCCUGAAGACAGCAGUGGCUGAAUUAUUUAACAAUGCAGCAAGCAACAGGAGAUAACCAAAUUGGCCCACCACAACAGCAAAUAGUCCACCAACAGAUAAUACAACAGCCACAAAUGGUGCCGCAACAACAAAUGUUACAACAACAACAAAUGUUACAACAGCCUCAGCAAAUGUUACAACAGCCUCAACAAAUGUUACAACAGCAACAACAAAUGUUACAACAGCCUCAACAAAUGUUACAACAGCAACAACAAAUGUUACAACAGCCUCAACAAAUGUUACAACAGCAACAACAAAUGGUUCAGCAACAGAUGAUGUAUUGUCCUGUCAGGGUGGUUUACGACUCUCCGGUGUUGAUGCCAUCAGGUGACCAAAUGCAACAACAGAACCAAAACCUAUUCAUCAACCAACCACCGUGGGCGCGGUCCAUCCCCAACCAAGUCAUAUACGUCCAACAAUUUGGCCACAACUUGGUCCCAAUCCAACAAUUUGACCCCAACAUUUACGUCCAACAAAACGUCCCCUACCAACAAAUGCUGCAGAUGCCUCAAAUGGUCCAGAACUUACCGCAAGGGCAAAUACGGCCAGUAAUGAACAAUAUGCCAGCGAACAUGGUACAAAAUGUUGGCCAGGCAAUGCCUGAACAAUCUAUUGGACAAGUAUUACCUAAUUAUGGAUUUAUACAAGCCAAUAACGAUGUUAACAUGCCAAAUCUUAGUGUUGUGAGUAAUGAGUUAGAUAGACAAGUUUUAGUUCCGAAUCAAAUGGGACAAAACACAAGUCAGGACGUGCAAAUGCAGAUGUUUCGCAUGCAACAGCAGAAUGUUAGACCACAAAUGACAGUUAAUGGACAGUUACAAAACAUAGCCAGUGUACAACAAGGCGUCCAACAAAUGGGAUUGAAUGUAGCUAAUAUUAAUCAGAAUAAUGUUGCAAAUGUUAGUCAGAAUACUGGUUCAAAUGCACAGAACGUUGGCGCUGUCAGGCCUGGUGUUACUGAAAAUGUUACGACAAAUGUUAGUGCAAAUAUGGGACCUCAAGUAGCGACAAAUAGAGUCAAUUCCGCUGUAAACACACAAACUACUCCUACAAUUGUUGCACCAACUAGGGUAAAUACAGCUGUAAACACGCAACCAACUCUCACAAAUGUUGGGCCAAACAUCCCCAGUGUACGACCGACAUUACAUCAAAAUACAGCCAAUAACAGCCACAGUGUUCAACAAAAUAUGAGUCAAAAUAUGCAGCCUAUUAGACAAAUGAUGCAGACACAAAAUGUAAACACAAUGCCGAGAAAUAUACAACAGAAUAUUGCAAAUAGUCCAGUUAAUACUGCUACAAAUACCAGCAUGCAAUUUACAGGUGCAAAUAUUAAUAAUAUGAAUACUGUUACGUAUUCGGCUGUUAGAAACGGCCAACCCUAUACCUACAGGGCGAUACAACCGAAACCUAACAGUAAUGUAAGAGUAAACUUUACACCCAGGGGAACACAAGUGCCAAUGAUAAAGAAAUACGUCGUUCCCAUACCUCAUGUAAAUGUCAGUCAAAAUAAUACAGCGCCUAUGAACACUGUACCCACAGCAACAACCAGUAACACAAUAAAAACCGAACCAGAAAACACAACUUUUAACAGGAAAAGAAAAAGCGAGUCACCCGACGAUCAGAAGAAAAUAUCAAAUUUUGGAAGUAUAACUGUUACUGCUCAAGUCAAAGAUAAGAUAAAAGCAAAAUGUGCUGUAAAUACUAGUGAAAUUGGAACAAACACAAGUCCUGUACAUAGAGCGAAGCAUAAGAAAGUAGAAAACCAACCACUUCUGCAAAUAAAUCCUAUGGAAACAAAAAUUAAGAUGGAAGUUGGCACUGUAACGGACGCCAUACCUAAACCUACUGCCAUACCUAUAAAAGACUCUCCUACACCAAUGAAAAUCGAUGCUCAAGUUGACAUUAAAGAUGUAAGUCAACAGACUGAAGAAAAAACCGUAAGAAAAACUGUGUUUCCUCAAGCUAGAGGCAGAUUACUUGAAGACAAAGUCAAUGUUACCAUGGCCAAUGCCGAAACUGAUAAAAUGAAUGUUGAUAUGAAGAGUGAAAGAACACAACUACUGCCACACCCUGAUGUAGUAAAUAAACCUAUAGUAGAAAAUAAUAUAAAAAUCGAAGAAACAAAACCAACCAAUGAUAUUAAGUUACCGAAGCAAGAAGUUGCUAAGAAAAUGGAAAUCGUUUUAGAUGUAAAGAACGAAGAAAUUAGGAAAAAGCCAGAAAUGACAAAGAAAGAGAAAGUCACUAAGAAAGAAAUUAUCACUAAGAAGGAAGAAAUAAAAGUCAGUGAUGAACAAGAGCUUAAUACUAAUAACAUACUAUUUAAUAUACUAACUAAUAGUCCAAUUAAGAAAGCUUCUGAAGAUAUUGACCAAAAUAUCAAAUCAGAUGCAGAAAGCAAAGCGAAAGUCAAUUUAGAAACAAAAUUAAACAACAAAGUUACUAAACCUAGUCCCUCUGUAAGUAAAAAUGAAGAAUUGAAGAAAGAAACAGACACAAUACCGCCUACAUUAAGUAUAAAGAACGACAAUGAAAAACCUAGCAAUUCUAAAUCAAAAGACGAACAUCGUAAACCAGUUACAAAACUCUCAACAGAUUAUGAAGCUGUCAUUAAAGAUAACAAAAUAGAAAAGAAAGAAUAUACAAAUAUAUCUAUAGGUGAAAUGACAGGGUCGGAAAUACAUAUCGUAGAUGGAAAUAUUCAUAAGGAAGAACGCGAUUUCGUUUUGACACACGUGCUUGACGGAUACGUCAUACAAGAAUCUAACGUUCCUUUUGCUAUAAGAAAACCACUACGAGAGAAAACUAUAAACACAGUCAUGGACGACAAACAGGACCACAUAAUGAAGAACAGUCUAACAAAAGACGAAAUAAGAGAUAAGAUUCUGGAACUUUCCCAACUGCAUUUAGAAGAAAAUAGACAAACAGAAGUAGUAGAAGAAGAAGUGGUAGAAGAAGUAGAAAAAGAAGAUGAGAGACUGAAUGAGAAAGAGGAUAAGACUGAGUCUAGUGACGGAGAAUUGCAGAUAGAUGAAGAUAGGGAUGUUAGGGAUGAAUCUGAUGAAGAAAAUAAAGAGAGCCCUUUCCAACGCUUGCAACAGAGCGACGUUAAAUCCUGGACGGUGGAGGUGUUAGCGUCUCAUUUAAACAAGUACAAAUGGACAGAAACAGUGGCCAUAUUUCAAGAGCACGAAAUCGAUGGAGAGUCCUUAUUUUUAGUGACGCGUCCUCAACUAGUUUGUAUUGGAGUGAGCGAAACACACGCCGACAUCAUAUGUGAAUUCGUUCAAAGUAAGACUUAAGUCAUAACGAAUUAAAAUUUAAAAAAAAAACCCCGACCAGAAUAAAACUACGCUAACAGCAGACAAGCUCAGUGGUUCUAGAAGACAUUAGUGUUUCAAAUGUCAGAUCCCACAUAAUUAUGCUUGCAAGCAAACUGAGCGUGUAACAUUCCUAUCACACCUAACAAACGACCUUGAAGACCUGAACCGAUUUCCACCAAACAUAGCUAAGAACACUCUCAACUGAUAUACCUUUCAAACAAAAAAAGCCGCAUUAAAAUCGGAUCAUCCGUUUGAGAGCUACGAUGCCACAGACAGACACAGAUUUACACAGACACGUCAAACUUAUAACACCCCGUCGUUUUUGCGUCGGUGGUUAAAAUUGACAAAAUCUGUGUUCACACUGUUCAGAUUAUCGUCACUCUGGUCCUGUAAAACCCGAGGAGCGCCGUUUAAAAUCCCACCGGACUUGCACCAAUGAGUUAUUAAUUUAUCUCAAGUGCAGUUUUCAGUAACACAGUUGGCUCGACCAUUAUAGACGGCGAUACGGCUCACCUAUCACGUUGGUUUGUAUCAUGAUGCUGUGGAACUAUUAAUAACCUACUUUCCGUCCGGUUCUCACCUGACCGGUUGUAUGGAGAAAGGAGCGCGCUGAUUCUCCAUCUCGCUCGCACAUACGGCGGUACGGUACGCGGUAAGAAUGAGAAUUUUGUAAGGAUUUUAAAAAUACCUACUUGAUGUGUUCCGAAAAUACAAUGCUACACGAAGACUAAAGAUUUUUUAAGGCAUUUUCUAAGAUCUACGUGUUCAAUUUAUCAUUAAUAAGUUAGUCAUUUGUCCGGCCAAGUAGUGAAUGCUAGCCGAGACAAAAGGAUGAUGCCAUAAACUCUAAUUGCGAUCCAUUUUAAGAUGUUAACUUAUGCGAUUUGUGUAUUUCUUUUGAACAGAGCGAUUCAAAUUGAUGGCUGACAUCCUUAUUCAGGAUGUUAACUCCAACCUUCCUCCACUGGACUCGGCCUUACCUGAGCAUUUUGGUAUUUUAAGUUGACAUUUACGCCCUCGACUUGAGGACUUUCCUCACUGGAGUCGAGCACGUCAUACUGCCAACAUAAUAAUACGAAAAUAAUCUUCUUAUCGUGUGGGUUGUGAGGUGGAAUACCAACCCCAUCAACCUUGGUGUCAGGGUUAUUAUUGAGCCGCCAAAGGCCCCUGACAUGGCUCAUGUAACGACUACAUACUUACAUCAGUGAGUAGUAACCGGGAGCAACGGCUUAACGUGCCUUCCGAAGCACGGAUCGUCUUCCUUUCGGACAAUCGGGUGAUCAGCCUGUAAUGUCCUAGCCAAACUAGGGAUCACAAAGUGAUUUUUGUGAUAUGUCCCCACCGGGAUUCGGACCCGGGGCCUCCGGAUCGUGAGCCCAACGCUCAACCAUUGGACCACGGAGACCGUUACGAAAUCAAUGACGUCAUUCCUUACUGAUAUCGAUCUAAAAAUAUCGAUUCUGAGAUGACUUCGAGGUAGACCUUGAUGUCGCUUCAACUGAGGACGGAAGGUUGGAGUUAACAUCUUCGAAUUUGGAUACUGUAAGUUAUGCCGUCUUUUAUCAAUGUAUCAUAAUAAUAUACCGGGUGUUAGUGACAUCGUAACGAAUAUGAGAGGGAUGAUUCUGCUCAUUAUUCUAAGUGGAAUUUUCCAUCGCAAAAUUCAUGACUCGUACCUACAGAGCCAUACAAGUACGUAUGGGUGUAAGUGACACCGUAACAAAUACUGAGGGGGAUGAUUCAGACCAUGAUUCUGUGUUUAUAUGGAAUGUGAAAAUUGAAAUUUUCUACCGGAAAAUUCAUGAUUUAAGUAAGUGAUUUUUUUUAACUAUAUUCAGGUCCUAAUACUUACAAUAGAGUAUCAAUUUGGAAUCACGGUCUGAAUCGUCCCUCAAAGUUUUUGUUACGAAAUCACUCACGCGCGGCAAAAGGACAUUUCGAGAAAAAUCUGUUUUAAGUAUUUUUUUCGUUUCUAUUUAUGAUAACUAUUUAUAGCCAAUUAUUCAAUGAGGCACCUUUCCAGACUACGAUCACCAAAAACAGUAUAAAAUAAAUAAAUAAAUACCUAAGUAAGUACAUAGAAUUUAUUUUGGAAAUGAUCCAUAGAGGUUGUUGAUUUGGUUUUCCCCGAACGGCAAGGCAAAGGGAACUAUGCCCAUACAGCCAUGUCUUAUGUAUUGGUUAGUAACAAACAAACAAUAAACAACUUAAAUCGACUUACUUCUUUAUCACGUUAAAGCUUCAUAACGCCAAUGUAGCUUGGAAAGUUCCUCAUCGUAUUUAUAAAGUGUACUGGCGAUUAAAAAGGCCACAUUAAAGCAGUUAAAAAAAAUACAGUACUGCUAUUUGACAUUUUUUGACAUGGCGCACUUAUUUUUAUAUGCGUUGCUUCAAUGUGGCCGUUUUAGACCCCCGGUUCAUUGCAUUUUAUCUUGUAUUUACAUAACUGUCAAAAUGUUACCGAUUACCGCCGCUAGGGGUGAUUCAUUAUGGUGUAUUGGCGCCACUGCCGAUUUUAAAAUGUUCACAGAUUUGGUCUAAGUGUAAAUAAUAGUUAUUUAUUGACUGUAAAUAUAAAUUUUAAAAUUAUAUUUUGGGUUGUGCAUUAAAUAAAUGUUAUAUUUUGAAA